AUGGUUGACCCAGUAUUGCCAUUCCAGAAUGGUCAAUGUACUGUUACCAUAUCAGAAUGGUCAAUGUACUGUUACCAUAUCAGAAUGGUUGAUCCAGUAUUGCCAUUCCAGAAUGGUCAAUGUACUGUUACCAUAUCAGAAUUGUUGAUCCAACGAAAAUGGACGGCGGAGACCCGCAACGGAUCACAAUGGGAAGAUUGGUUAGAAGGAAUUGAAAGAGAAUUUAGAUACUUCAAGAUAACACAGCCUGAGGAUAAAAAGGAUGCACUUUUGAUUUAUGGAGGAAAGGAAUUAGUGAGUUUGGAAAAAAGUUUAAAGAAUGAUAUAACAGCUGGGACAGAUGAGUAUGAUGUAUUGAAAAAUAAGAUACAUAAAUAUUUUUUGCCAAAGAAGAAUAAACAUCAUUCAAGAUAUAUAUUUUCAAAAAUUAAGCCAGAGAGAGGAGAAAUGAUGGGUUGUUAUGCAUCUAGACGUAGAGAAAAAGCAAAUGAUUGUGAAUUUGGAAACACAACAGAAGAAAGAAUACUUGAACACUGUAUACAAAAUAUUGAAAAUAAAGAAUUGAUUAGAAAAGCCAUUAGUAAAAAUUGGGACUUGGAUAAAUUUAUUGAGGAAGCGGCACAUGUAGAAGACACAAAUCUUCAUCUGAAAGAAAUGAGGAAAGAAGAACAUAAUGUUGUAUAUAAAGUGCAGAACACAUUUGAAAGGAAAUUCGAAAGGAGACAAGACAGUAACAGACCAAGAAGAACAAUGGGAACAGAUAAUCAACGUUCACAAGAUUUGUGUAACUAUUGUGGAAUUCGUCAUGAAAGCAGAAGAUGUCCAGCAUAUGGAAAAGAUUGCAGGUUUUGUGGGAAAAAGAACCAUUUUGAAUCAAUGUGUAGAUUUAGGAACAAACAGGAUAGUAAAUAUAAUCCAAGUAAAGGAGGAAUGAUGCAGAACAUAAACAGAAAAAAUGUGAAAAAAACUGUUGAAGACAAUUUCAGUGAGGACUCCGAUCAGUAUGAGGAAGAUGAUUAUUUUGAUGAAUCUGUAAAAUAUGUUGCAAGGAUAGGAAAAGUGAAGUCAAUUUGUAGAAAAGGUCACAAUGAGAAAACUGUGAAGAUUCAUUUAGGAGAUGUAGAGAUGAAGGUUGAACCAGAUAGCGGUGCAGAUUUAUCUAAAAAUAAACUAAAAUUGGAGAAAAGUAAAACAGUACUUAGUACACUUCAAAAUUCACUUCCCGUCAAAGGAGAAUUUGAAACUAUCGUACGGAACGAGACAUGUGGAAUGGAAACAAAGUUUAUCGUUAUUCAAGGAAGAAUAAAUUCACCACCAUUGCUUAGUAGAGCAACACUUAAGGAAUUAGGAAUGAUGGAAAUAAAACCAGAUGUGUCAUUUGCAGAACCGAAUGAUCUUAAAGUAACAAACGAGAAAACUAACGAAGGUGCUGAUGUGAUACUUGUAACUGAAAAUGGGAAAAUAGAAAUGACUCAAAUAUUGAACGAAUUUGAAAGUAUUUUUGAAGAGAUUGGUAAAAUAAGAGACUAUAGAAAUGACAGUGAAUUAUACGUUAAGUUCAGCAUGAAACCAGGAAUAGCACCAAUUGCUCAAAAACCAAGACAAGUUCCAUAUUACUUGCAAGUACCACUUAAACAAUGGUUGGAAGAGGGAGUUAAAUCAGCUAUAUUCGAAGAAGUGCCAUCAGGAACACCUGUGCAGUGGUGUUCUCCAUUAGUUGUAUUACCAAACCCCAAGUUCAGUGAAGUUGAUAAGGACAAAUUAGAACCGCAUAUGAUAAGAGCAUGUGUCGACAUGAGGAUACCGAACAAAUUCAUGGAAAGGAACAGGAUAAUCCAGAGCCCAGUUGUAGAAGAUUUCAUAUACAAAUUCCAUAAAUGUAAAGUAUUUUCGAAGAUGGAUUUAAGACAAGGAUAUCAUCAACUUAUGUUGGAUCCAGAAUCCAGAGAAAUUGCAACUUUCAGUACACCUUGGGGAAACAUGAGACCAAAAAGAAUAAUAUUUGGAGCAAAGUGCUCACAAGAUUUAUUUGACGAACAAAUGUACAGAAUAUUUGGAGACAUACCAAAUUGUUUGAAUCAAAAUGAUGAUAUACUUAUAGGGGGUGUCAACACAGAGGAACAUCACAAAACACUGAGAGAAGUAUUAAAAAGAGCAAAAGAUUUUGGAAUAACAAUAAAUAGAGAAAAAUGUGAAUUUAGAGUUAAUGAGUUAGAAGUUAGAAUGGAUAUAAAUUUACAAAGGAUGGAUUGA